AUGCCGAUCUGCUUCAGCGUCCACAACUUGGCAGGCUACAAUGAGAGGUGCAACACCGUGCUGUACAGGGAACCCAUACGAACGAGCAAAUCAUACUCCAGCAAGUACAUUAUUUUCUUCCCAGGGGACUAUUCAAAUUUUUUCACCAACUCUAUAUAUACGUCAUUUAAGUUGGAGUCGACAAACGAAUGCUCGGACUACUGUUACAGUUAUGAAGCUCUCUUUUGGAUCCUAUCCUCCAAGUACUUGUAUGACCACUUAGUUUUUAUUAAGCCAAGCAUUUUUACAAAUCACAUUUCCUCCUUUUCCAAUUUUUUAAAUCCAUCGGAUAUUUCGCUUAGCAGAUAUACUCACGAUGUGGCUUCUUCGGCAAAAGGGUCAGACCACAUGAACACAGGGGGAACAAAUCCCAUCGAUGUGGUGGUGCCUGAUAAAAGUGUGAAGCAUUUGUUAUGCCUACUCGUAUCACUGGAUGAGCGGUUAUCAGGGGGAGAGGGGGGACACCCAGCAUCUGUUAAUGGUACCGCACGCGAUGAUUGUGAUGGAGAAAGGACUCACACAAAUGCUCAUGGGGAGAGUGCCCAAACAGAUGGACCCCCACCGCUAAGCCCACUAAAACGUAGACUCGUUUUAAUCGGAUUCAGCAGGGGGUGUUCAGUUCUGUUCGCCCUGAUGAGAGAAGCCAAGGAGGGCCAGCUUCUCCUCUCUAACGUCGAUUCCGUGUACCUCCUAGAUCCCGGAUUCAACAAAAAGAUAUACAACACAGAGAUCGAAAGCAGCGCUUUAGAAAAGGUGACUAACAAAAACGAUGUAAACAUACACAGCGAACUGCUAAAUUUUUUAAAGAAGCUCAGACAGCAUGGGAUAGGUACCUUCCCAUAUAUACACUACAUUAAGAAUGCCAAGUUGGUGAACCACCUAAAUCUGCAUUUUGAAAUCCUUGUGGAUUUUAUCGACGAUGUGUUGGAAGACCCCAACGAGUCCUCCUCCUUGUCCAAUUUUUGCAAGGAGCAGGGAAUCACCGUGUGUAGGAGCAAAACGGCUGUCAAAGAUUUCUUGUUUGAAAAUUGGAAGGGGAAUUAG